UUGAGGAGGACUCACUAUGUAGUUGGAGCAGUGAGCCUGAAUCCAUAUGCAACAAUUGGCGAGGAUGGCGACGACCACCUGCGGGAUUUAUGACCUCAAAGAAAACUGCUGAAGAUGGACAGAAUGUACUGACACUUUGCGAACUUUCGGCGCGAUGUGUCGCCUCGCAUAUUCCCUUCGAACUGGUGGAGCAUGUCUAUCCACCAGUUCCAGAACAACUUCAACUCAGGAUAGCGUUUUGGAGUUUCCCCGACAACGAGGAGGACAUUCGACUUUAUUCCUGUUUGGCGAAUGGAAGCGCCGAAGAAUUUCAACGUGGCGAACACCUCCAUCGGUCAAAAUGUGUCAAAGACCCCCUUCAAAUAGGUUUCCACCUAAGUGCCAGUGUAAACGUCCCAAUAUUAUCGACUUCAAGUGGAAACAAGGCCCAAUAUAAUGUCGCCGUGACAUUUGAUCGUCGAAGAAUCACCUCCUGUAAUUGCACCUGUAAUUCCACUGCUUAUUGGUGUUCGCACGUGGUUGCUGUUUGCUUACACAGGAUACACAUGCCAACACAAGUUUGCUUGAGAGCUCCAGUAAGUGAAUCACUUUCGAGGUUGCAGCGUGAUCAGUUGCAGAAAUUUGCACAGUAUCUCAUCAGUGAAUUACCGCAACAAAUUUUGCCGACUGCACAGCGACUACUGGAUGAAUUAUUGUCAGCCCAACCGAGUGCAAUCAACAGUUACUGUGGUGCACCAGAUCCAACGGCAGGAGCGUCAGCACACGAUCAAACCUCCUGGUACCUAGAUGAGAAAACACUCCACGACAACAUCAAAAAAAUAUUGAUCAAAUUUUGCGUACCAGCGCCUAUAGUUUUUAGUGAUGUGAAUUAUUUAAGUAACACUGCACCACCUGCAGCGGCGGAAUGGUCCUCUUUACUACGGCCAUUACGUGGUCGCGAACCGGAAGGCAUGUGGAAUCUCCUUUCAAUUGUUCGUGAAAUGUUCAAGAGGACCGAUAGAAAUGCAAUACCUCUUCUUGAAAUUAUCACCGAGGAAUGUAUGGCCUGUGAACAAAUCCUCGUCUGGUGGUUCAACACAAAGGUGGCAUUACUGAAUGGCACGAGUCAUGGUAAUGGAAAACACGCCAAUAUGAACAGUAAUGCUCAUGCCUCGCAACAUGCUUGCUCAUCACUUUGUGACGAAAUUGUUGUACUAUGGAGGCUCGCCGCAUUGAAUCCGGGCCUUUCACCCUCUGAGCGCGACAUGCUUCACGGUCAAUUUGCUGCCUGGCACAUGAAGAUCAUCGAGAAGGUACGUCGAAGGUUGAAGGUAAUGAAGAGUCGAGGUAGUUCUGUUUCGCAUAAUUCACACAACAGAAAUAAUGGAGGUGGACAGAAGGAUUCGUUGAAAACUGAUCUGGAAGUGUUCACAGGGUUCAGACCUGCUAUAGAAGCCUGUUAUUUAGAUUGGGAAGAAUAUACUUUACCUGGUAUAACUUACACUGCGGAAAGCAAUCCUAUGUAUCAUUGUCCAUUUACUUGCUUUAGACAUGUUGGUGACACCAGAACAGAAGUGAAUCAGGUUAAUUCAAGUGCUGCAGUUUUGAAUUGUCAGCCACCAACUUCUCAUCAUCAUAGCAGGCGGCCUUUAAGCCUUGGCCUCGUUGAAUUUAGUUAUCAGGAUAGACGAAGAUUAAAUCCUCGUGAAUUUCCUACUUUGUGUUCACGGAUUGGCGGUGGUGAUGGAAAUCGAAGCAGCGACAGUUCGGAAGGUUUCUGCGAAAAUGAUGGGGAUAUGAAUGACAUUUCUGAGCCGCCAGUUGUCUUAGUUAGAAGAGGUUGUGGACAAAUUAAUAAUUGCGGUGACACUGAUUCACAAGAGGGCGGUGGCAGUGAAUCGUCAUCGAAUAGCAAUGCUAGUUUGAAGAACGCUCAAGGCUUGGACAAGCAUCGCUCAAACGCCUCGUCCGAGACGCAUAGUGAUAGUAGUGAUAGUUGUAGUAACAAAGCGCCGUGCGAAGUGAAGUGUAAUAGGACAACGGGUGUGGUGGACUUCUUAGAAGCGUCAUGUUCCGUAUUAGCUAAAGCGGGCAGUUCUAAAAGUGAACAUGAAUCGGAUCAAGAGAAGGAUCCAUCAAGGAGGCCGUCCAAGGAUGAGAGCUCAUCGUCAAGUAGUGACAGUCCAUCCGGCGACGAAUACAAUGUAUAUUAUUACGAUCCAAAAGCCGCUGUCAAUAAUGGCACUGGCACUAGUAAAGAAACAAAAAGUGAAUCUCAUGGCGCGACUUCCGCGAAUACUAGUAACGUUUUAGGUAAUCUUAAAAAGACAGAAGACCCGUGGGAUAUACUUUUUGCCCGAGCUGAAGGUCUCUACGCACACGGUAAUACACGUGAGGCCUGCAUUCUCGGAAUUAAAUUGGCCGAAGAACUUCUCGCCAGUCCUCCUGAUCUCAUGAUCGAAGUGCCUCCAAUGCCAGUUAAGGGCAAGCGAAAGAAGCAACAAGUCAAUCCUGCAUCCCACAAACUCACCUGUUUGGCGUCUGCAACUUUGGCCAAGUGUGGAUUUCUUUGCACGGUUCUUGCAGAGAAUCCGGAACAUCAUAAUUUAGCAUUCCGCGUUGGAUUAUUUGGCUUGGAAAUGGCGAGACCGCCAGCGAGUACCAAACCAUUGGAGGUAAAGUUAGCGCAUCAAGAAAGCGAACUCGUGGGUCUAUUAAAAAGAAUUCCAUUGGGACCUACAGAAUUGAUGAUGGUCAAACAAAGAGCAAAACAAUUGCGAGACGGUGUUCUUCGAUCGAGGGGACACGCACUCCUUCCGAUUAUGCUCGCCAGCUUUAUUUUCGACGCACUCAAUUCUCCAAGACUGAAACUGCCCACAGGCGUUGACGAGAAUCUCGGGUUCGAAGCAGCGGUUGCCGCUCUUGGACUUAAGGCGAAUGUCAGCGAGGCAGAUCAUCCUCUUCUUUGCGAGGGAACCCGACGUCAAAGAGGUGAUUUGGCAAUUACUCUUCUGGUUCACUAUAAGGAUGAACCAAAAAAAGUUGCCAAGAUAAUGGACAAACUUUUGGAUCGUGAAGUACAUCAAUUGAUCAAAACUCCGAUUGUCAGCAGUUACUAUAGUUCGAAUCCUCCUACCAGAAGCCAGUUGGCCGACUUUAGAAGGGAAAAGUCCUGCUCGUCACCGUUGACUGGAGCAGAGGCAAAUAAUUCGACUGAUGGAAUUGCCGGAACGUCCAGUCGACCCCACAGUAGCACGAGUGCAGAACUCGAGGCCGGAAUAAGUGCGAUGACUGUUCAGCCGCAAACACCCCAGCAGCCGUUGCCUUCAAGAACAAAGGAGCCUAGAUACAAAAACAAGAGAGCAUCAAUUCCGAAGCCAUCGAUACCAAAUCAACCGUCAGAAGCGGGAGCACAUUUUAUGUUCGAAUUGGCAAAAACAGUUCUCGCUAAAGCUGGUGGCAGUAGUUUGACUUCGUUGUUCACUCAAGUUUCAACGAGUCAAAAUCAUCAUGUGCCUCAUCGGGCACUUCAUAUGUGUGCCUUCCAGUUGGGUCUUUAUGCCCUAGGUCUUCACAAUUGCGUCAGUCUUAACUGGAUUAGCCGAACGUACUCGAGUCAUGUUUCAUGGAUCACUGGACAAGCAAUGGAAAUUGGAACGCCGGCAAUUUGUUUUCUUAUUGACAGUUGGGAGGGUCAUUUGACACCGCCUGAGGCUGUUAGUAUCGCUGAUAAAACUUCACGUGGAAGUGAUCAUAAUAUAGUAAAGGCCGCAGCGGAACUUGCACUCUCCUGCCUCUCGCAUUGUCAUGCGCUAAAUCCGAACGAAAUACAAAGAGCCAUCUUGCAGUGCAAGGAACAAGGCGAAGAGAUGCUGGAAAAGGCUUGCAUAACGGUCGAAAAUACAGCGAAGAAAGGAGGCGUGUAUCCGGAAGUACUUUUCCAAGUGGCCAAGUACUGGUACGAGUUGUACCUCAGGCAUACACCUGGUGGAGAGCAACAAGACGAGAUUCCUCAUGAUCCUCUUCAAUUGGAUCCAAAUGGAGCACUAAUGGUGGAGUCUGGACCCCCAGUUGAUAUGACCACUGGUCAAAUCAUGUCGGGUCCGACACAAACAGUAGUUGUCACCAGUGCACAACCUCCUCCUCUACCUUAUCCUCAUCCAACGAUAACUACUCUGGCCCCUCUAGAAGUUGCAAUGCCAUACGCUGUGGGACCAUACAAUUUUAUACAUCCGCAUCAUUCAAUGCCUGCGUUUCCGGGUCCAAUGCCUCCGCAUCGGGUUGCAUUACCACCUCCGCCUCAUAUGCAGAUGUAUCACACAGCAUUUCCACCGCAUCCAGGACAUCCUCAACAUCCUCAGCAUCAUCAUCCUCCACAGCCAACGCAACCACCACCUGUGCCGCAGUAUUACGCUCCCCAGCCUACAGUGACAACUGUCAAUGUCAAUCCACCACCAGGAACUCAUCACAUGUUUACUAUGCAGCAACCAAUGCCAGUUAAUGUUCAAACGAGUGUUCAGUCCAUCCCUGGCCAAAAUGGAAUACCAGGACCAACGUUAGUUCAAGCUCAGCCAAUUAUUUCGACCGUCAGAGCUCAAUCUCAGGUUCACAGACAAAGUCAACCGUUUACAUCGCAGCAAUUUAGGGCACUUGUUUCCGCUUACCGAGUGGGAAUGUUGGCACUGGAAACUUUGGCACGCCGUGUUCAUGACGAUAGACCGCAGGCAAAAUACGCAAGAAAUCCACCUUACGGCGAGGAUGUCAAAUGGCUAUUGAGAGUCUCUAAGAGGCUUGGUACUCAGUACCUUCAUCAAUUAUGUAUUUGCACUGUGAACAGUAUUGUCAGUCCCUUCGUUCUUCACGACGUUGCCCUCGAGUCUGCUCACUAUCUCGCAAGAAAUAAUCCUACAUUCGUUCUUCAACAUUUACGCUCCGCUCUUCUGGCUCCACUUGUUCAUAAAUGCCAGCAAAUGUAUAUUCAGUGUAUGCAUCAGAAGUUAUAUCAUCUGAUAACUGCUGAUUACGAGGAUUUUGCUAGUGUUGUUUGUGCGGCGCGGGCAGCUUUUAACAUCACACCAGAGGGUCACACACAAUUCAAGGAAUGGUUACAGUCCAUAAAGAGGUCGCAAUCAUGUAACAAGGAACUUUGGGUGCAUAUCAACACAGCAUUACAGCAGAACAGUAAAUGACACAGAGUAGAAACUGGAGUACAGUGGCUUGCAUUACAUCCACAAAAUCAUCAAAUAAUCGACGACGCGCAGCAGCAAUUAUCAUCAUCAUCAUCAACAACAUCAUCAUCAUCAUCAUCAUCAUCGUCAACAAUCACCGCCGUGUCAUCACCAGUAUUGAAUCAAGAACAACGUCGAAUACGAACGCGAAUUGCCCAUCAACGACAAGAACAUCAUCGUCCCUGUCAAGAUCAACAUUCGCAACGUCGUCGACGUCCAACAUUAGUUGCACCAAUUCAUAAUGAUCACCGAGCCAUUUCCUCAUCCAUCUCACCGUCAAUCGCGGGAGGUCGUUGAGAAACACAUCCAAAAGCAAACAUGAAAAAAAAAAUACUCUCUGGACAGAGAUCCCAGGGACGAGAAUUAUUUUUAGUUUAUUUACACUAUUUAAUUAUUCAUUCAAAUUAGUUCUUUUUAUUCACGGGCUUUGAAUGAAAAUCGAGUGAAUGUUUUUUUUUGACAUUUUAAUCUUCAAUGAUUAAAAAUCAUUUUAAAAAUUUUUCAUUCCCUUUUUUUUAUUUUGAAAACUUCUUUUUAGCAAAUUCUCUUCCCUUUUUAGUUUAAUUAAUAGAUUCAUUAAUCUAUUCAUUUUUGUUCUUAAAUAGAAAUUUUACUUUUGCGAGAAAAAAAAAUGAUCUCCGUGUGCAAAAUUAGAUUAAUAACAAGGCCCGGCAGUCUUGAUUAAUUUUUUAUAGUUAAAAUAACAAUUUAUAAUUUUUAUAAGUUAUAAUUAUUAUAAUUGUUGUAACUCUUAUUAUUAAAAUUAAAUAUGAAUUUUACAUUCUCAUUAUUUGAAUUGAAAUUCUCAGUUUGAAUCAGAGUCCAGUUUGCGACUGGGUAAAAAUAAAAAAAAAGUAUCGCGACGCAAAUAAUAUUAGCAAAAUCAAAAUUCAAAUACCCGGAGAACGCAGUAAACGAAUCAUCGAUCGACACACGAAAUGAAUUUCUUUUUUUUUUUUUUUAGAAUGAACGUAUAUUUUUAGCUUGAAUUUAGAUAGGAAAUAUUCUUUUUUUUCUUCUUCGACUCUUAGAUAGGGUGAAUUCUUGUUUUAUUUUUGUAAAACGAGUAAGAACUGAAAAUUUUUUUUUUUAAUCUAUAAUUAUUGUCUAUUUAUAAAAAAAAAUUUUCAGAUAUUCAGAGCGAAAUAUAUAUUAUAUAUAUAUAUAUAAAAAUAUAUAUACCCUGUGUAAAGGGUACUAAAAUUUCCCCCCCUCGACCCUCUCAUUCAGAUUCUUGUUAAUUUUUUUCCAUCUCCGUUUUUCUCAUUUUCUAUAAAAAAAAAAAAAUAUAGAAAAAAAAAAUAUUGUCGCGUACUUGUUUUGUACAACAUAGAAAAAAAAAUAUACAUAUUAUUCUCGGUUUUGUCUCGACGACAAUCCAUCAAGAAAAUGAUCUCUGUAAUUUUUAAAUUAAAUUUAUUUUAAAAAAAAGUAUGAAAUAAAGAAAUGAAGAAUCUUUAAAAGCUAA